AUGAAAAUUGCAAUUGCCAUUCUUAUUGCCAUCAUUGGCAGCUCUUUAGCAGCUCCUGCAAAGGACAGCCAAAUCUUGGAAGAAAACUUCAUACGCGAUGAUUUUGGACAAUACUCGUACAAUUUCUUAUCUGGUGAUGGUGUGGCACGUACCGAACAAGGAUCAUUCAAGACAAAUGAAGAAGGAACUGGUAACAUUUUGGUACAAAAAGGAGGCUAUCGUUACUUGCUUCCAGGUGGAGAAUUAGUCGAAGUCAACUAUGUCGCUGAUGAAAAUGGAUUCAGAGUUACAGGAACACAUUUACCAACACCACCACCUUUGCCUGUUGUUUAA